AUGGUGAAAAACCAACUGUCCUUGCUCAAUCUAUUAUCAGAAAUUGGUAAGAAAACCGAACGGGCCGGUGGGCCCCCUAAACCAUCAUCAGAAAGUCAGAAACCAUCAACGCCACCUAUACUCCGCCGGUCAACGUUUACAAGUCUAUUGAGGACAUAUAUUCCUCACAAUUGGCCACUUCUGAAAAGUUGUCACAGCCGUGAUCUUCUUUUCUACAUUGAAGCUUACAUCAAACAAGACUCAAGGCUGAUAUUCCGACUGUACUUUAAAUCACAUGAUAUUAUUCCUCUGACACGGCGUAUUUCCUUGCUUUCUGAGUUCAUUGACAAGAACUUGAUCCUUACAAGAUAGAUGCCAACAGAAUUGGCCAUUGGCUUCUCGUAAGGCUGUCUUUCGAAACUAAGGGCUUAUCACUUCUGGUGUCUGCUUAUCAAAAACAAACAUGAGAGUUUAAAAGCUAUCACAACUAGUCAAUAUGUACCAAAGUACAAUUUGUUUUGUACAACCAAUAUUGCAAUUUCUGUGCACAAGCUGCACCAGAUCAUCAUCCUUUAGAAGGAAAUUCUAGACGAGCCUAAUCUGACACAUAUAUAUGCUGGGAAGAAUCAUGCUUAUACUUCAUAGUUUCUUUUCCAUAGCAACCCCUCCUCCUUUGUGCCUAUUUCUGCAUGAUCUAGAAUAUCACAGUGAAUGACCAAAGUUGAUAUUCAUCUGCAAUACCUGCUCAUUUCAAGUUGUAUGUGAUGAGAACUUUUAACAUGGUCUUGAGUGUUUAAUUAUUUUUUUUAUAAAUUACCUUAAAAAGAAGAUAUAUACUUCACGUAGUACUAUGUCCUGCAACUAAAAAGAUGUAUAUAUAUACUUCUUGAAAUGUAUGAAAUGACCACAAAAUGAUGAUGAAGUACCUAAUCCAAUCUUAGCAGUUUACUCUAUGACAAUCUUUCAAUGAAGCUCUUAGUUGUUGUGCAACUUAUCAAAGUUCAUAGUACUUUGAAUUUGGAUUAUAUGCUGAGGAUUUGACUCUUUCCUCCAUGAGCAACUCCUCAUAGUGCUUCCAUAACAGUAAGAAAACACUCUUAAGUCAAUCUGUAAUAAAAAGAUCCCUUUCUCCUUAAAAAUGGGUGUAGAUCCUCUACUGAUAAAUUUUGUAAAACUCUGUAGUACGUAUCAACAGAAUGUUCAGACUGAAAGAGGAGGUAUCAUGUAAUACUUCCUCCGUUCUGAAAUAAGUGAAACACUUCUCAAAAAGCUCUCACAUAAGAGAGAAGUGUUUCAGUUAUUUCAGAACGGAGGAAGAAGUACAAAGAUUCAUGUUGAGCAUUGUU